AUGAUUGUCUUCUCCGAUUAUCUUCUCCGCAGUCGCCGAAAGUUGUUCCGAGCUUGCGUUGGAUUGAGCUCUUACGAUGAAAUGUCCUCCGAAACCCUCCCGAUAACCCCGGUUGCCUUCGCCGAAGCCAUCAAAGAGCUAAGCCUCCCCGUCCUCUACGCCAAAGUUGCCGAACUGAGAAACUCCAUCGCACAUCUCCAACGCUCAAACCAAGAACUCCGCCUCUUCAUUAGGGAGUCGUGCGAGGGCGAUUCUGACAAACAAGAGUUGGAUGGAUAUAUCGCGGAGAACGAAGUGGUGAAGGAGUCCAUGAAUGAGCGGAUUCGGUUGUGCAAGGUGGAAGUUGAGGGAAGGGGCAACGCUUGGAUCGAGCUAGACCCCGAAGCGAAUGAGGCUACAACUACAGGGGCAUCGAGGGGAGAAGAAAACCAGGAGCGGGAACAAGAGCGACCUGCUGCCCCGGGAUCUACAGCCAGUGCUGCUGUGAAUGGUGCAAGUUCGACGACAGAUGCGCCAACGGAGGAAUCAAGAGGCCGAGAUGGUGAUGGAGAUGAUGGGGUAUAUCUUUGA